AUGCCUCACGUCAAGCGAAUUGCACUGAGCACUGAGUGGAAAGCUGCUCUAGCUUCACAGAGCAGCCAGUCUGCAGAGGCGGCUGAGAUCAUCAGAAGGCGAGACGGCGAGCUUGAGAUGCUUCGGGAAGUCUUGCAAGAGCAGGAGGAAAAUCUUGAGAGUGCGAGAAAUGAAUUCUCCCAGGAACAGUUCAGGGUAAGAGACCUUGAAAGAGAAGUGAAAUUCCUAAACGACACAAAAGGGGACCAGAUGGUUCAUGAGGGCCAGAAAGAGAGUGAAAUUCACCGUCUUCAUGGUUUACUUCAGAAUCAAGAAGAGCAUUUACGCAUCAAGGAGCAAAACCUCAUGGAAUGUUUAUCCAAGAUACAGAAUCUAGAAUCAGUUUUAGCAGCGAAUACCCACAUGAACCUGGAAAAGUCGAAAGCUGAAGCAGAGCAAAAUGUUAAAGUAUACAAGCUGCAGAAUUACCUAGAAGAGCUGGAAAACCAGUUGAGAGCCAGGGAGAUAAACUGCUCCGAGCUGGAAUCAAAAUUGCAAGACCUAGAGAGGGUGGUUGCAGCCAAUGAUCAGAAGAGGGUUGACCAGGAAGAUGUAAAACAAAAACUGGAUGCAGAGGUCACAACUUUGCAGGGCUAUCUAGAUGAGGCUGACGAAGAGCUCCAUCAAUUCAAGAACCGGUAUGCUGACCUCCAAGCGGACUUCCGAAAGCAGCAGACCAACCUCAAGAGAAUGAAAGCCGUCUUGGAAUCGAGAAGCAAAAGCACCAAGAUGCUUGAGGCAGCCGUCGCCAAACAUGAUGAAGAAAAGGGUGUUUUGCGAGCCUUGCUCGACGAGCGGAACCACACUGCCUUGAGGCAGGAGGACAGGAAUCAUCGCCAGCAAGGAGCAGACGACCAAAGAGUCAGAAGAUUCACUCAAGAUUCAAGAGGCAGAGCUCCGGAGGUUGCAAGCAGCUCACUCUAG